CUUCAUAUCUUUCUAUGCUAGCAUACAUAGCAAUCUUCAAUUUUUUUUCUUGGGGGUGGGAUCAACCCAAUUUGUGGAUUUAAUCCACCUGCGGGAGUGUAUCACAUUUUUCGUCUCCGUUUCACCAACUGACUGAUUUUUCUUUUUUCUUUUUUAAUAAAAAAAAUUAAUUAAAUGAGCCAAGAGAAGCCUAUUCAGUAUGGAGUAACAGCCCCCAUUUCAACUGAUCCGCCUACUGAGCAUGAACUCAAAUUGACUGAGGAUUUACUGGAAACACUCAAAAGCUAUGGAUUGUUUGAAAGUGAACAAGAAGCACAAAAGAGAGUGGUUGUUUUGGGAAAAUUAAACAAAUUAGUAAAAGAGUUUGUUUAUAAAGUGAGCAAGAUGAAGGGUUUCCCUGAUUCUUUAGCUCGAGAAGCAGGAGGAAAGAUAUUUACCUAUGGUAGUUAUCGUCUUGGGGUUCAUGGAGCAGGCGCUGAUAUUGAUACGCUAUGUGUAUUCCCAAAACACGUGCAGAGAGAAGACUUUUUUACAAUCAUGUAUGACAUGCUGAAAGAACGUCCUGAAGUGACUGAAAUAUCUGCUGUUCCUGACGCUUAUGUACCUGUCAUCAAGAUGCAUUUUUCAGGGAUACCUAUUGAUUUUAUUUGUGCCAGAUUAGCAGUCGCUAGAGUACCUGAUAACUUAGAGCUUGCAGACAACAACAUUCUAAAGAACUUGGAUGAACGAUGUGUCCGUAGUUUGAACGGAUCAAGAGUGACAGAUGACAUCUUACGACUUGUGCCCAACGUAAAUACAUUUCGAAUUGCGUUGAGAACAAUCAAAUUAUGGGCAAAAUCCAAAGCAAUUUACUCCAACGUCAUGGGUUUCUUGGGUGGUGUUGCCUGGGCAAUGCUUACUGCUCGUAUAUGCCAAUUGUAUCCAAAUGCCUGUGCAGCUUCUAUUGUCAAUCGAUUUUUCUUGAUCAUGUACCAAUGGAAAUGGCCUCAGCCUGUCUUGCUUCGACCUCUUGAAGAUGGUCCUCUUCAAGUUCGUGUGUGGAACCCUAAAUUAUAUCCAGCCGAUCGAAGUCAUCGCAUGCCCAUUAUCACACCAGCUUAUCCGUCCAUGUGUGCCACACACAAUGUGACAGAGUCAACAAGGAAAAUCAUGAUCCAAGAAUUCAAAAACGGAAUUGACAUUGCAUCCAAUAUUAUCUUUGGAACAGGUAAAUGGUCGGACCUGUUUGUCAAGAGUGACUUCUUUCAUCAGUAUAAACACUAUCUGCAAAUUACAUCUGCCUCUCACUCAUCGGAGGCACAGCUGAUGUGGUCUGGUUUAGUGGAAGCAAAGCUGAGACAGUUAGUAUUGAAGCUGGAGGUUGUGGAUAUGAUUGAAUUGGCACAUCCAUAUGUCAAGGGAUUCGAUAAAGUUCACUAUUGCUUGACAGAGAAAGAAGUAGAGGAUGCGAUGAAAGGAGUAUUGCUAAAAGACAGAUCUAUCUCAGUAGAAGAAGGAAGCUUAGAAAUAGAUCACACAGAAUUAUUAAAAGAAAAAAAGGUUAUCACGGAGGAUGAUGUGAAGAAUAUAAAGAAAGUGUAUACGACCACCUUUUAUAUUGGAUUAGAGAUUAGUAAGCCCAAAGUUGGAGGAGAAAGCAAUGAUAAUAACGAAACUGCCGCAGCAGACUCUGGAAGAAAACUCAACCUAGUCUGGCCUGCACAAGAGUUCCAGAAAGUAGUCAAAGCUUGGGAUAAAUAUGAUGAAGAGCAGAUGAAAAUAUCAAUAACAACCAUUAAAAGGUCCAAACUGCCCUCGGAGCUUACAACGCAAGAUGAUGGCAAGAAGACAACCAUAUCAAGCCCUGAAAAGCGCAAGAAUGGUCCUAGUGAAUUAGAUUCGCCAGCCAAGAAGAUCCGCGUCACCAAGACUCCUGAUGAAGUGCAAGCCUCUGCUGUCAAGGAAACGGUUGUCAAUGCAACUGCAUCUACUGUUGAAUAAUAUCCUAGCCCCCUCUCUUCCUUUUUAUAAAAACCCAAUACUUGGAAAAUAAAAAUAAUGCAAAAACUAGCCAAUGACGUGUUUUGAUUAUUUGUUGUAA